AUGACGAAAUCGAACAACGAGCCGCCUCAGGGCGGCAGUGAAGCCGCCCUGGACAUGUCUUCUUCUGAGAACAAUCAUCUGAAUCUGCUCAAGAUUGUGGAAAAGCGGAUUCAGGAUGGUCAGCAGCACCAAGUGGAGAAAGCCAAGGAGCAAAAGGAAGAAGAAUCCGAGAGAGGAGCUGGGUUGGAUUGUCUCGAUUCCUUGACUCUGCGAAAGGUCGUUGAAGCUCGAAUCGGUUUACCAGUAUCCAAUGGCACUAACUCGUACCUGACCGAGGAACAGUUACUGGCAAAGGUGGCUGCAGGAACAUCUGGCAAGAAGAACACAAGCAGUCCACCCGAUACUUCUACUAGUAGUUCUAUUGCUAGAACUACUAGAACCAGUAGGAGCGGUACAGGUACAGACGCUGCAUCCCAACCAUCUCAGUGCCCAGGAGCCUUCUUGGCAGCACCCGGACAAGCACCCGUCCGAAACCAAGAACUACGAAAAUCCCUCUUGGGACGAGAGUCCAAUCGAGACUCAUCAGCCAGGGCAUCCUCGUCGGCUGCCCUCAGUGUCGCCACACCCGUCGAUGAUGGAAGUUGCAUGUUCCCACUGCCAGUCGCACAAGAGUACGACGCGGAACGUCAGCCACGGCAUCAAACACCCAAGAACGAAACGACACCCGCUCAAGAACGCAGAAAUGUGAUUUUUGCUCUGGUUAUUACCUUUGUCGUGGGGCUCGCGGCGUUCCUUGUCGUAUUUCUGCUCCUUCACAGAGAAAAUGAUACCACCACAGCUACAACCCCCGAGAUUUCCUCCGCUUCAGCAUCCAACACCAUUGCUGAACCAGCCAUUACCAUAUUGUCACCCAAAGAGCACAUUUUGCAAUUCCUGCCCGCCUCCACCAUUCGAGAAAUUGAGCUACAUCCCGACACGGCACCCCAGGCCAAGGCAUUGCAAUGGAUGCUGAAGGAUCCCUACUACUAUCACUACAACCAUACCUACCAGUAUUCUUCCCAACGAGUGCAACAACGGUUUGCAUUGGCAACCUUGUACUAUUCCACCAAUGGACACAAGUGGUUCAACCAAACCAACUGGCUCCAGUAUGGAACGCACGAAUGUUCGUGGUUCUCGCGUCAUUGGUUUGGAGACGUCGAGCUCUACAUGGCAUCCAGUACCGCUCAUACCUUUACGCUCAUGUACGCCCUGCUGGCAUCUGCCAAUUCCAUUACUGGCAGUAUCCCUUCCGAGUAUGGCUUGUUGACCAGCCUCGUGUAUUCUCUCUUGUCGCAGAAUCGCAUUUCGGGGACUCUGCCCACCGAGCUGGCGGGCAUGUCGGCCCUGGAAUGGUUUUAUCUCUACAGCAAUCAAGCAACAGGCACCAUCCCUCCCGCGUUUUUGGCCGGUCAUGGAUCUUCGCUGCAACUCCUCAACCUGUACGGCAAUCAACUGACGGGCCCCUUGCCGAGCGAAAUCGGAUUGAUGUCCAAUAACAUGGCCUUGUUGGCAUUGUCGGACAAUCAAAUGUCCAGUACGGUGCCAACCGAGUUGGGCUUGCUCACGGAGAUUGUCUCUGGCCUGUCGAUGAAUCGCAACAAUCUUCAGGGAACCAUUCGACAGAGCUCGGUAAUCUUCGCAACCUGA